AGGAACGCCCGCGCUCGCCGGGCAGCGGCGAGGGCGCGGCGCAGGCGGGCUCACCGCUGCGCGAGCAGCACCGGGGCCCGGGGGAGGGCGGCGCGCAGACGGAGGCCGCGGGAUCGGACGCGAUGCGCCUGGAGAGGCCCAGAAGUUCCAGCACUUCAUGGCGCAGCUGGCCCUCGGCAAGGAGCAGGCGGGGGCCUUCACCCGCGACCUGGGGGACAUGUGGGCGGCCAUCCGCCAGCUGCAGUCCGCGCUGGGCCCCUCGGCCGUCGGCGCCAGCGGCGGCUCCCUCGCCGAGCGCCAGGCGCGCCUGGAGAGGGAGCUCGCGGCCAGGUGCGAGCGUAUGCUGGAGCGCGCGGCGGAGGUGGAGAGGGCCGCCGCCGCCUCCGAGGCGAGGCUCCAGGGCGCGCUCGGGGACCUCCGGCGGAGCGUGGACGGCCUGCGGGCGGCCUCCUGCGGACCGCAGGCGGAGCACGGGCCGCUCGCGGAGCUCGUCCGGCAGAGCGUGGGCGAGCGCCAGGGCGCGCUGGCGGAGCUCCGGCGGAGCGUGGACGGCCUGCGGGCGGCCUCCUGCGGACCGCAGGCAGAGCACGGGCAGCUCGAGGACCUCAGGCGGAGCGUCGACUCGCGCGUGGGCCUCCUGGAGAGGGAGAUCGGCGCGUCGGCCGAUACGCACGGCAGGCCUGCGAUCGCCGACCGCCUGGCCUGCCUGGAGCAGUCGGCGGGGGGCCUGGCCGCGAAGUGCGACCUGGUGCUGGGGGAGCUCUGGUCCGUCGCCGACCUCGGGCGGUCUCACGCCGCGCACGUCGGCGACUGCCAGGAGCGCCUGCGGCACGUCGAGCGGGCGAUGGACACCGCCCUCGGCGAGCACGCCGAGGCGCUGGACGGCCUGAGGAGGGCCCUGGCGGGCCACGGCAGGGCUCUCGCGGCCAGCGCGGAGGGGCACGCGGCCCUGGACGACCGCCUGUCCCGCCUCGAGGCGGCCGCGCUGGCCGGCCUGCGGGCGCAGCACGGGGAGAUCCGACGUCUCGGAGAAACAUCGAGACGCCGUGAAAAGUUGAGCCUGGAGCCCCAGACCAGUCUUUCUGGGCCCUCUUUCGAACCGGAUCGGUCCGUGAGGGUCCCCGGGCCCGAAACGCCGCGAACCCCCCCAGCUCGAAAACAUUGA